UCAAACAUCUGUGACAUCAGAAAGACAAAGGGUGGCCAGUGUUGGCCCGGCUGAAGGGGCCAGGGAGGUUGUAAAGAGGAGCUGGAAGGUUCCAGGCCAGGUUUGGCCACCCUCUGAUUUUGCCCUCAGGAUGGGAAUUUGCCAGGGCAGCCUACCACAAACCACCAAGCCACUGAACCAGGAACUGAAAGACAAGCUGCGGUCCCACAUCAUCAUCUGCGUGAUAGGAGGCCCGGGGUGUGGCAAGGGGCCACACUGCGCCCGCCUGGCUCACAAGUACAACUUCUACCACGUGGCAGUUGGAGACCUUCUUCGGGAGGAAGCGAGGAAAGCGACCAGCAAGAGCAAGGCCAUUAGAGACAUCAUGAUGCGAGGGGCCCUGGUCCCGGCGGGCUACAUCUUGGACUUGCUAACUGAUAACAUGCUUAAAAUGGAAAACUUCAAGGGAUUCUUUAUUGAUGGCUUUCCCCGGGAAAUCAACCAGGCCAGGCUGUUUGAGCAAGUGGUGGGACGCUCGCCUAACAUCGUGAUCGUGUUCGAUUGCUCCACAGAGACGAUGAUCCAGCGGCUGAUGCUGCGAAGCCACACGGGCACCAGGGCUGAUGACCACGAGAGAAUCAUCCGGCAACGGCUUGAGACCCACUACACCCUCUCUGAGUCCGUCCUCACAUACUACCUUCAGAAGAGCAUGCUUCGGAAUGUCCUCGGAGAGGAGCCUUCGGAUAUUAUCUUUGCCAAGUGCUGCAGUGUUGUCGAUGAUGUCUUGAAAGGGCAAUCUGUACAGGCCUAA